AUGCAAUCACAACAGGUCAAGGCGGUGCAUCACAUUAGCAUCCCGCGCAUGAUCAACUUCCAAGGCUUCCCUUUCAACUACCGGCACCAUGGUCUUCUGUUCGAGUACAACGAUGGACGACGCGAAGUGAUUCACUACAGCGGCGACGCAUCGAACAUGGACGGCGAAGUGCAGGUGACCACGCUCCAAGGGUUCCUCAAGGGCGCACCCGAAUCGAACAUCAUCUACAACCGAGAUGACGAACAUCCGGAGCCGCUCAAGCGAUUCGACGCUGAUGUGAUUAUGGAGCGGGCGAAGAAGCGACUGGGCGAGCGGCAGUACAACCUCAUGAUGAACAACUGCGAGCACUUCGCGCACGACUGCCUCUACGGCAAAUCUUUCUCUCGGCAGGUGGACAUGGUGAUGAGCCUCUUCGGUGCCUUCAUGCAGCAGGGCUUCGCCUCUAAUCUCGCCACCGCCUCGUCCACCACCCAACCCUCUUCAACAACCUUGCGCAGCGAGCUGCCGGACACUGAGGAGGCCGACUGA